AUGGGUGUACUGUGAACACGUUGCAUAGUUAGGAGUCAAUAUAACCCACUUUUGUGUCAUGCAUUUGAUGCCAAUGAAGGAUUUGCACUGUUUCAGUUAAUGCAAGGACUGGAGAACUAAUCGGCAUUUGGACUGCCACGCAUUUCUCUCAAAUCUGGAUUUUCCCCAUAGUGCUCCUUCCUCUUUCUCCUCUAUGAGUUUAUCUGUGUUAUUACAGGGAAGAGUAGAGGCUGUAAAUGUCUGUCUGAUCCCGCUCCUCGCUAGCAGCCUGUUCUGUUCUCUCUUAUUGUGGAGCUGUAAAAAGUGCAGACCGCAGGAGCUGCCAGGCUGGAAUUCGCUAAUGACACACGUGGGCCUCAGAUGAGAAGCGCAAUUUGAAAAAGUGUGUGUGUGUGUGUACGUGCUUGCCUGUGAGCGUGUGUGUGUUUGCGCAUGCCAAAAGUUUGCACACAAAGUAUAUCCACCUAUGGAAAAACUAAAAUGGCCGCAGCGCAAAACGUAUAGCUCCACAUGUUGCGUCUCUCCGCCCAGCUUCACCUUAAAGCAGCUUGUUAAUAGGAAAGAGGGCGGCCAUUAGGGCCCCAGAGAGGGGGGCUAGCAUGAGUAUGAAAGGAAUGGGGCCACAGGCACAUGGGCUUUAAAUCCUCUGUGUCAAUAGAGUCUCUGGAGCAAAAUAAUGGCAUCACUCUGUGUGGGAGUUAAUGUGAGCUGAUAGCAUGAGGGCUGGGGGGUCAGGGGUUCGCGGGCUCGCGCUAGGUUGUCAGGGAGCUGAAUGCUGCAUAACCCCCCCACCUAUCUCUCUCUUCCUCCUAAUAUAUCUUCGCUUAUCUCUCUAAGAGAUAUCGCGAUAGGUAUGUAUAUCUCUGUCUAUGAUAGUAUUGAUCUUAAUAGAUCUCUCUCUCUAUGUAUCUUUCUUUUCUGUCUCUUCUUCUAUCUCGCUCUCUCUCUCUCAUAUUCGUUCUGAUAUCCUUCUCUGUUCUGUGUCUCUCUCUUCUAUCUCUCUAUCUCUAUCUCUCGUAGCGGAGCUAGAGUCUAGAGGCAAAGCGAGAGGGAUGCUAGAGAGCGAUAUGGCAUCUCGGAUCUGAGGCGCGAGAGUAGACGAUAUGGAGUAUGAGCGAUAGAUCGAUCGCUCUCUAUCUCUAUUCCUCAUCUCUCUAUCUCUCAUCUGCUCGUCUCAUAUCUCCUCUCUCUCUCGCUCGUCUCUGCUUAUAUCUCUCUAUCUCUCUCUCUCUCUUCUCUCUCUCUCCUCUCUCGCUAGCUCCUCUUCAUCUCUAUCUCUCUCUCUGUCUCUCUUUCUCUCUUCUCUGUCUCUCUGUCUCUCUCUCUCUUUCUCUGUCUCUGUCUCUCUCUCUCUCUCUCUCUCUCUCUCUCUCUCUCUCUCUCUCUCUCCCCCACCUCUCUCUCUGUCGCUCUCUCUGUCUCUCUCCCCCCUCUGUCCCUCUCUCUCCCCAUGGGGGGAGGGGCUAUGAAAUGGAGGGAUAGGGGGGAUAGGGGACCCCCUGACUCUCCCACGCGGGCUCACCCGUCUGGAAUGUGGAGGGGAGGGGUGUAGAGGUGGAGGGGGAGGUAGGGGGAGUGGGGUGUUGCCGGUCAAGAUGACAGAUUUUCCAGGGUUUUUAGAACUUACGACUAAUGGCUCAUGGGAAACGAGGAAAUAUAAACUUACUGUAAGAGUUUUUGUUUUUGUAAGUAAGAUGGAGUAGGAUUGUUUUGUGUUGAAAAUUUAACCGUUUCCAUUUCCAUCCACUAACAGUGACCACGCACCUCUUGGUCCCUCUCCUAGGUCUAUCAGUCUGGUCCCUCUCCUAGGUCUAUCAGUCUGGUCCCUCUCCUAGGUCUAUCAGUCUGGUCCCUCUCCUAGGUCUAUCAGUCUGGUCCCUCUCCUAGGUCUAUCAGUCUGGUCCCUCUCCUAGGUCUUUCAGUCUCGUCCCUCUCCUAGGUCUAUCAGUCUGGUCCCUCUCCUAGGUCUAUCAGUCUGGUCCCUCUUCUAGAUCCAUCAGUCUGGUCCCUCUCCUAGGUCUUUCAGUCUCGUCCCUCUCCUAGGUCUAUCAGUCUGGUCCCUCUCCUAGGUCUAUCAGUCUGGUCCCUCUCCUAGGUCUAUCAGUCUGGUCCCUCUUCUAGAUCCAUCAGUCUGGUCCCUCUCUUAGGUCUAUCAGUCUGGUCCCUCUCCUAGAUCUUUCAGUCUGGUCCCUCUCUUAGGUCUAUCAGUCUGGUCCCUCUCCUAGGUCUAUCAGUCUGGUCCCUCUCCUAGGUCUAUCAGUCUGGUCCCUCUCCUAGGUCUAUCAGUCUGGUCCCUCUCCUAGGUCUAUCAGUCUGGUCCCUCUCCUAGAUCUAUCAGUCUGGUCCCUCUCCUAGGUCUAUCAGUCUGGUCCCUCUCCUAGGUCUAUCAGUCUGGUCCCUCUCCUAGGUCUAUCAGUCUGGUCCCUCUCCUAGGUCUAUCAGUCUGGUCCCUCUCCUAGGUCUAUCAGUCUGGUCAAUGGACACAUGUCUUUACUUGAAGUUAGUGACUGUAGUAAAAUCUAGCUUUAGUUAGUUAGUUAUUCAGGGGUUUUCCUUUAGCAAGAAAGGAACGUUUACUCUCUACCUCCCCCACAAAUUAAUAUAAUUCAAUUCAGUUCAGCUUUAUUGGCAUGAAAAGUGAAUGGAGUUACAACAAUAACAAUCUCUCUCUCUCUCCUCAGACCCCGGUACCUCCGUGGGCUCCUCGUCCUCCUGCGGGCGGCGUUCCCACUGGUGCAGCGUGGCCUACUGGGAGCAGCGGACGCGGGUCGGCCGCCUCUACCCGGCCCACGAGCCCUCGCUCAGCAUCUUCUACGACCUACCUCAGGGCACGGGCCUCUGCCUGGGCCAACUCAACGCCGUUGCCAACGCUAGCAACGGUCACCACCACGACGGUGGCGCCGGUCACCGUGGCAACCGUAGUCACCGUGCCGGUAGCGGCGGCAGCAGCACGGGUAGCUGUGUCCAGCGAACGCGCAACAAAAUCGGCUACGGGAUUGUCCUGAGCCAAGAACCUGAUGGGGUGUGGGUCUACAACCGUAGCCAUCACCCAGUGUUUGUCCACUCGCCCACCCUGGACCUGCCCAACCCAGUGAGGGGACUGACGGUGAGGAGGGUGAUGCCGGGCUACUCCCUCAAAGUGUUUGACUAUGACAAGUCCAGCUGGAUCCUGCAGCAGGGCAUGGAGCCCCCUGGGGGCCUGGAGGGCCCUUACGACCCCCACAGUGUGAGGAUCAGCUUCGCCAAGGGCUGGGGCCCCUGCUACUCCAGACAGUUCAUCACCUCCUGCCCCUGCUGGGUGGAGGUGCUGCUCAAUACCCACAGAUAG